AUGUUCCUGUGCAACAGCAAGGCCUACCUGGCCAACUUGGCACUUCUGGUCCUUGCAUCGGAAGUAAUGGCUGACAGCACCAGUCAACUACCAACCGUUGAUCUCGGAUAUGCGAUUCACCAAGCCACUUACAAUGAUUCGAGGGGUUGGUUUAACUUCUCUAACAUCCAUUACGCCGCUGCCCCUCGGUUUGGAGCACCCGCCCCAGUAACCAUUGUGGAUCGCCGAAUUAAUGACGGCCAGACCCCAGGCAUUUGCCCAUUGAAGCUUCCAAAAUGGUACGACUUGACAGCAUUGUACCAGGCUGGUCAGUUGUCUCUGGAAGAAGUCAACUCAACCUUCCUCGAGCUUCGAAAUCUGAGCCCAUCAUCAAACGCAACUUUGAUAGGCCAAUAUCUUACCCAUCCCGAUCCCGUCGUCACAGAAGACUGCUUGACAUUGGAUGUUGUGGUACCGGAGGCGAUAUGGCAAAGAACGCACGAUGCCUCAGACCCCGGUGCUCCCGUCCUUGUGUGGCUCUAUGGAGGCGGUUAUGUCGCUGGUGACAAAAAUUCCGCUGGCAACCCUGCCAGUCUCAUUACAAAAGCCCAGAUGAACGGGUCUGAUGGUGUUGUCUAUAUUGCCAUCAACUAUCGACUCGGUAUCUUUGGCUUUGCCUCCGGCCCAGACUACGAGGAACAGGGCGGUGUCUCGAACUUGGGUCUCCAUGAUCAACGAUUUGCUCUUGAGUGGAUCCAAGAAAACGUUCAUUUAUUUGGAGGAAACCCCGAUGAUGUUACGGUAAUAGGAGAAUCUGCAGGUGGAGGCUCGAUUCUCCAUCAACUGACGGCCUACGGUUCUACCAGCGGCGCUCCAUUCAAGCGUGCGAUCCUUCAAUCCCCUGGUUUUGAGGUCAAUACCGGAGCUAAGAAGCAAAUACUGGCAUACAACAAAGCACUUGACUGGGCGUCCUACUUCAGCAACUCUAGUGUCACAACUCUCAACGACCUUAAACAGCUUUCUUUCGAGGUGAUCGAGAAGGUCAACCAGAUCACAGUGGCAACCACUUACUGGGGCUCCUUUGGGUGGGGACCUGUAGCUGAUGGUGCUUUCGUGCCGGACUUGCCGGGUGUUCUGCUCUCAAACGGGAAGUACGACUCGUCUGUGGAAAUUUUCGGCGCACACAACAGUGAUGAGGGCUUCAUCUUCGCCUCUCCCCUCAUUGGAAACAAUGAGCAGUAUAUCUCCUCUCUCCUGAAGCUUCUUUUACCGGAGGCUUCAGACGAAGUCAUUGAUUAUGUCACCACCAAGCUUUACCCAGCGGUAUAUGAUGGCACUUAUCCCUGGAAAACACCUCUCGAACGAACAUCCAAAACUAUUGCCGAGUCCUGGUUCAUUUGCAACAAUCACUUUCUUAAUAAAGCACUGGAUGGUAACGCUUUUAACUAUGUCUUCGACGUUCCCCCUGGAUGGCACGGUACCGACAUUCCCUACACUUUCUUUAAUAACGAGACGAGCUCGAACGGAUUUCCGUUGAAUGCGUCUAUCGCAAAUACGCUGCAGGCGUAUCUCACAACGUUCACUAAGACAGGGAGCCCGAAUGUAGCUGGUCUGCCUAAUAUACCCCUCUACGGAGCCGAUGCGGCUGUCUUAUCUCUCUACAAUAAGACGCUGAUUGUUGAUAUGGCUGCGAGAGCAAGAUGUGAUUGGUGGCAGAAGGCUUUGUACAGAUGA